AUGCAGCAGCACAGAAGGCGCAACAGCCUCGUCGACCCACAGGCGGCGGUGCUGCUAUCGAUUCAGGCACGCCGUGCGCCCGUGUGUCAGUGCGAGUAGUGUCGGAGCAUUCGCCGCCGCCGCCGCCGACACAAAACGCAGACCCUCAUUCGGAACAUUUAAAAUAAUCAGCCAUGCACCUGCGAUAGCGCCAGGUGGGCUCAGCCGUCAGCCGCCCGCCGCCGCCGCCGCUCCUCGCCUGCCAACAGGUGCAACAGGUCCUUCUUCCGAGGGCCGAUAUUGUUCCGGGGCCACCCGAGUCCUCGCGAUGGACUACGACUACUUGCUGAAGUUCCUGGCCCUCGGCGACUCCGGCGUUGGCAAGACGAGCUUCCUCUUCCAGUACUCAGAUAACGUGUUCCACGAGAAGUUUAUUUCGACGGUCGGCAUCGACUUUCGGGAGAAAAGGCUGAUUUAUAGACCACCUACAGAGGAUGGGUUUCUUAGUCAAAGAGGUCAACGCAUUCAUUUGCAGCUUUGGGACACAGCUGGACAAGAACGGUUUCGCAGUUUAACAACCGCCUUCUACCGCGACUCGAUGGGAUUUCUGCUCUUGUUUGACAUCACCAACGAGCAGUCCUUUGUCUCCAUCCGCAACUGGCUGGACCAACUAAAGACGCACGCUUACUGUGACGACCCAGAUGUCAUUUUGUGCGGCAACAAGGCUGAUCUCGAGGAGGAAAGGGUCAUCAGCGAGGAGCGUGCACGGGAAACUGCCAGGAGAUACGGAUUGGUUUAUAUGGAAACAAGUGCAGCCUCAGGUCAAAACGUUGCCAAAGCCGUGGAGCUUCUGGUGGACAUGGUGAUGAAGCGCAUGCAGCACUCAUUGGAACAGCCACCUUUUGUCAGAGGGAGUCGAGGACUUCCUCGACCUGGUCAGGACCUCAAUGACUGGAGCUCCGAGAAUGGAGAAAAGUCGCGCUGUUCUUCGUGCUGAACAAUUCCCUCUUAACAAGUGACUCCACCCUGACUUGUAUGAUAAUGAUUUCCCCUGCUUUAACGGUAAGACUUAAAUAUUGUAUAAUUAUUUAGAAUAUGAAUCAAACUUGUGAAGCAAAAUAUUCAUGUAUUCUGCAACUUUUGUUGUGUUGAAAAGAAAAUCAAUUGAAUAAAUAUCAGGCCAAAUUUUAUGUUGUUGGUGUGACAGUUGAAGAGCUUUAAAAGUAAAUUCAUACGUAUUUGUAUAUUUGUGUGAAUUGAUGAAGUGUUGUUUGAAAUAUUUGUACUAAACUCUAAUACAUGCAUUUAAAUUUAAAUAACCUUCUCAACUACUUGCACUUGAAAAAAAAUCUGAAAUUGAGGUGAUACAUAGUUGAACAAGAACCAAAAUGUGCCCUUUGUACAAAGAAGCAUUUAAGAAUAUAUUAAAAAAUAUUAAAAACCGAAAUUAAUAGUAUAUAUAAAUAUUAAAUAACUCGGAAAUUUUUAAGAGCUUCAAAAAAUUCCUUACGCAAAUUCAUAAUCAAUCGAAAAUUCUCAAUUAAAAGAAUUUAAUUUAAGCCUCUUUUAUAUCAAUUUAUUUGAAAUUCUUAAAGUAUGGAGCAAAACGUUCCACACUAACUUCAAGGACAUUCCAUUAAAGUUAAGAAACUGCUGAAGCGCUGCCACUGCUGGUUUAUAGUAUUUAAAUGAUCUACUCUUGAAACUCCCCUGUUUCUCUUCCGGCUUAUUCUGCGCCUCGUCUUACCUCCUUGUUAAUCCUUUUCUAACACUAAUGAAGAAUAAUUAUUCUACUACUAAAAAGCUUUACUUAAGCUGCUCUUGAAAAUAAAUUCUUCACAUUAAAAUUCCAAAAUGAUAUUCAAUUUAAGGCUAAGGCACUUUACUGUGCUAUCCAACUUCUCAAUUUUUUGGCAUUUCAUAAUUAAUCCAAAAUAUAUAUAUAUGGACUGUUUUCAUGCAUGCAUAUCAAUUUAUUACAUGUUGUAUUGCGCAAGAAUUCUCAAAAAAAUUUUUAGAGAAUGUUCGAUCUGCUGCUAAUUUUUGACAAAUUAUGAAAAAAUAUACUAUAAUAUACACUUGUUGCUAUUCCGACUCUAUUUAUCUGAAAACUUAUGAACUCUGUGAAGUCAGCAGCAUCAUUUUGAUUGCUGCUUAUCCUGUGAAAAUAUACUAUAUAUUAUACUGUGUGGAUUAUUUAAUUGAAAUACAUAAGAUAUGUAAAAAUGCUAUUAUAUACAAACAAAAUGAUGAACGGUGAAAAAUAAAAGCCGCAAUUAUCUGCUGUAUACAAUGAUCAAGAAAUCAGUUUUUUUUAUUUAA